AUGGUCCUCGCCGACUUGGGCCGGAAACUCAAUGCUGCUCUUUCCUCGUUAAAUCGCGCCCCAGUCGUUGACGAGAAGGUUCUAGAUGCAACACUGAAAGAAAUCACUUCUGCGUUGCUCGAAUCCGAUGUCAAUGUAAAGCUUGUCGCCUCACUCCGGCAAAAGGUGAAAGUCAAGGUGAAAAGCGCGCUCGAAGCAAACGCAGGCGACAAGGCGAAGGAGGCCAACCGCAAAAACCUGAUUCAGAAAGCCGUGUUCGAUGAGCUCGUCAGUUUGGUGGAUCCUGGAGUAGAGCCUUAUAAGCCCAAGAAAGGUCAACCAAAUGUCUUGAUGGCUGUCGGGUUGCAGGGCAAUGGAAAAACGACGACAUGCACCAAGCUCGCGGUACACUACCAGAAGCGUGGUUUCAAAUCCGCCAUAGUUUGCGCCGACACUUUCCGCGCUGGCGCUUUCGACCAAACCCGACAAUCAGCGACCAAAGCCAAAGUUGCUUACUUCGGUUCAUACACCGAGACUGACCCGGUUACCAUUGCGGCUCAAGGUGUCGCGAAAUUCAAGAAGGAGCGCUUUGAAGUCAUCAUCGUCGAUACUUCAGGACGGCACAAACAAGAAUCAGAACUAUUCCAGGAAAUGGUGCAGAUCGGCGAGGCAGUCCAGCCAAAUAUGACGGUCCUCAUUUUGGAUGCCAGUAUUGGUCAGGCCGCGGAAGCACAAAGUCGGGCUUUCAAAGAAAGCGCUGACUUUGGAGCCAUAAUCGUCACGAAGAUGGACGGCCAUGCUAAAGGUGGAGGCGCCAUUUCCGCUGUUGCAGCGACAAGAACACCCAUCAUUUUCCUCGGUGUUGGAGAGCAUCUCCACGACCUCGACCGUUUCUCUCCCCAACCUUUCAUCUCAAAGCUCCUAGGUCUUGGAGACAUGCAGGGACUGAUGGAGCAUAUGCAAGAUUUAGCUUCACAAAAUCCCGAUAAGCAGCAAGAGAUGGCCAAAAAGCUUGAAGAGGGCAAAUUGAGCAUCCGCGACUGGAGAGAGCAACUACAGAAUAUCAUGAACAUGGGACCAAUCAGCAAAAUUGCUUCGAUGAUUCCAGGACUGCCUCAAGAAAUGCUACAAGGCUCUGACGAGGAGGGCUCGAUGAGAAUGAAGCGCAUGAUUUACAUCACGGAUAGCAUGACCGCCACGGAACUCGAUUCGGACGGCUCGCCUUUCAUGGAGAUGUCCAAGGACGGCAAACCGACGGGUGUCACGUGGCGGGUAACACGCGUUGCUCGGGGCAGCGGCACGCAUGUGCGGGAAGUCGAGGAGCUGCUGUGCCAGUAUCGCAUGAUGGCCAAUAUGGCAAAGCAGGCGGGUGGGAAGAACGGAUGGCUUUCAACAAUGCAAAAAAUGCAAGCUGCCGCUGGAGGGAAAGGUCGGGGUGUCAAUGGGAUGCCAACGCCUGCCCAGAUCCAAGCGAUGCAGCGUGCGUUGCCCCCUGGUAUGCUUCAACAAAUGCAAAGGCAAAUGAGGAGCGGUGGUGGCGUGCAAGAGAUGAUGAAAGCCAUGAUGCAGGGCCAAGGUGGAGACCAGUUCGAUAUGGAGGAGAUGCAACGCAUGAUGGCCUCCAUGGGCAAUGGACUCGGAGGCCUAGGAGGACUGGGUGGACUCGGGGGACUUGGUGGAAUGCCAGGAAUGGCGGAGCUGUCUAAAAUGAUGGGGAUGGGUGGAUAG